UGAUAAAAGAUGAUGCAUGGUUAAUCAAAAUCUAAAGCUGAAACAUUAUCUGAAGAAGAGAUAAAACUCAGAGCUGAAAAAGGACAAUAAAUAUUAGAAUCUUUAGAUUAUUUUUUUAAAGUCCGAAAAAAUUAAGUCAAUCAACCUGAAGAUCAAUUAGCAUUUUCUGAGCUUAUGGCUAAAUUAUGUCCUGAAAUUGCUACAAUUUAUAAUUAUAGAAGAGAAGUGCUUUAAACAAAGUUUGAUCAUUUAGGAACACUUCUUUCAGAAUCAAAAAGCUUUGAAGCAUAUAAAUAAUUACUCAAAUUAAUUCAAUCCGAAUUUAUGCUCAUAACUAUACUUCUUAAAUAACAUCCUAAAUCAUAUACUCUUUGGACUCAUAGAUAAUGGAUGGUUUUAAGAAGUUAAGAGAUUGAUUAACUGAUUACUCAAAUGUAUUAUUUUUAUAACAUAUAUAGUAAUUAAGAUAAUUAGUUUAAAUUGAUUGAAGCUAUAAAAUAAGAAUAUGAAUUAUGUAGUAAAAUGCUAGAUAGAGAUGAAAGAAAUUUUCAUGUUUGGAAUUAUAGAAAUUGGUUAUCUUCAAUUUGUGCUUUUGGAAAAGAAGAUGAAUUCACCAAAAAAAAAGUAAACUAAUUAUUUUAUUUAGAUUGAAUAAAAUUUUAGUAAUUUUUCUGCUUAUCAUUUUAGAAGCAAAUAUUUUAUGAAAAAUUAUAACUAAUCUGAAAAUAUAAUUGAGAGAAUUAAAACAGAAUAAAUUUUAGGUUUAAUACCUUUGCCUUUUAAUAUAUUAAAAGAAGAAACAGAAUUAAUUUAAUAAGCAAUCUAUAUCUAACCUAAAGAACAUGGAGUUUAUUUAUAUCACAGAUGGCUUGUUGGUGUAAUAUAACCUUUUGGAUUUACAAAAGUAGAAAAAGCUUCAAAUAAUUCAAUUAUUUUAUAAUUUAAUAGAGCAGUUAACAACGUUGAAAAUUCUUUUGAAUUAUUCAAUAAUGAAAAUGCUCUAAAAAUUAUUGAUAUCAGAGUUGAAGGCAUAAAUGUAAUAAUUUCUUUUGAAGAACAAUAAUUACUUAAUCUAAAAAUCAAGAUUAUCAAUUAAAUAUAUUAAUAUGGAUCAAGAGAAACUAUGAUGAGUGAAGAUGAGUUUUCAAGAUUCUUGGUUCCUAGUGAAAUCAAUAUUACAUUUAAUAAUGAUGGAUUUUAAUUUACAAAUAAAAUUUAAAAAGAAUUUAUUGAUGCUAUUAAUUAAAUUCAUAAUUAUCUUGAUGAUAAUCUUGGAUUUAUUAAGCAAGUGAUUGAAGAGGAAAAAUAAAAUAGGUAAUUUAUCUAAUUAAAUAUAUAGAUUCCCAUAUAUUCAAAUAUUAUAUUUAUUGUAAUUCAAACUUCGUACUUAAAAACUGAUUGAUGCUAGCAAAUCAAAUGAAAUUAUUUAAGAAGCACUACAACAUUGUGAAUAGUUAAAGAAAAUCUAAAAUGAUCAUUAAGCCCAAUUUCUCUAUGAAUUUUGGAGUUAAUUUUGA